AUGACUAUUGUUCCCGGGAAUCACAUAGUUAAUGUGAUCGAAAGUGUUUCCGUAAAGGAAAGUAUGAAAAUUUCAAAAACGAAGAAAAUCAUUAACUUCUCUAUACCGUGGAAGGCAGAAUUGGCAGAAUUCAUUUCGACGUUACUUCUAGUUCUACUAGGAUGCAUGUCUUGUGUGCCAAUAUCCAGCUUGGCGCAUCUACCACUUUUAUAUGGGCCAUUAGGUUUUGGCUUGAUUAUUCUCUUUAAUAUUCAGGCAUUUGGACAUAUAUCUGGAGCACAUAUGAACCCGGCCGUUACAUUAGCUGCUUUGCUCUGGGGAAAAAUAUCUAUCGCCACUGGUAUUGCAUAUAUUUUAGCUCAGUGUGCGGGCUCUAUAGCUGGAUAUGGAAUAUUAGUAGCAAUAUCUCCAGUUGAUUUGAUCACAGAUGGAAUUUGUACAACCCAACCUCAUGUACAGCUCACUAUGCUCCAGGCAUUGGGUGUUGAAGUAGUUCUAACAGCCGCAUUAAACUUCCUCAAUUGCUCUGUGUGGGAUCCAGUGAACAAAGAUUCCUUGGAAUCUGUUUCUCUGAAGAUUGGUUUCACUAUUGCUGGGCUAUCAAUUGCUGGGGGUCCUUAUACAGGUGCAAGUAUGAACCCAGCACGGUCUUUGGGGCCAGCUGUUUGGACAAGUACAUGGAAUGCGCACUGGGUCUAUUGGGUCGGUCCAUUACUUGGGGGAUCUCUAUCGGCAAUAUUUUAUAAAUAUACAUGGUUGAAAGAAAAUAGUAAUGAAAUAUAA